ACAAUGCGGAUUGUCAUUGAUUGCAAUGAUUAUCAUCAUGUGCCAGCUGGAAUUCGUAACAUGAAUAGAUACAUCUACAAUAAUACAUCUACGGCAGAACCACUCUAUAGAGGGUACACCAUUAUUGGAAAUGACAAUACUGUCCUUAAUUGAGAGGUGUUACUAUGACAGGUCAAAUUCAACUAAAUUGAUCCUUUUACAAGUCUUUCAAAUACCACUCAGGAAUAAAAAUAUCGAGAAGUGUCCUCAGGUGCGUGGAAAUUAAAACGUUUACAAAUGUGUAGACCCCAGCUGACACAGAGUCAACAAAUACAUGAAUACAGUCUCUUUGCACACUGAUUGCCGUGGACAUUUCCUCAAAGUCUCUGGGAGGAGAAGAUAUACAAGGAUUAACUCAAAACGGACUAGCAAGAGAGGAGAAAUGAUGAAAACGCUCAAAGUUCACAGACCCAAGUUACGUUUGACUUUCAGGAGGGACUACAUUGGACCAAUGGAUAAGAUGAUGGAAGCGGAAAUUCCAUCUCAUGUUGAUCAACAGAUCCCUUCAGUCGAUCAGCACUGCAUCCAAUCGAUGGAUGAACCACCAGAUGUUGUCCCCAGUCCCGACAUGAUUCCCCGGAGACGACUGUUAAGCUUAGUGGUGGGGAUACCACUCAGGCUGAAGAAGUACAGUGAGAGGUCGAAACAGGCAAAGAGACAUGUAGUUACCGUCCUUUUGAUGCUCAUCACUUCCACAUUACUUCUGACCCUGUUCAUGACGUCAUUAUCAUCACCGAAGGAAUACGUCAUUCUGGACGAUACGUUCGACACACCCGUCUUGGUCGAAAAGGUUAAUAUCAGAAAAUGGAGUGUAGUAGAGAGUCGUUAUAUUGUGGAUAAUUUGGACAAGUUGGAAGAUAUGUUGUUCCGGGACGAGCGGAUGCUACAAAAGGCUGCAGGCAAUCCACAACGGUUCCGUCAGGACAGCCAAAAUGAUGAUUCUAUGAGACAUCACUUUGUGCCAAGGCAUUCGUUCACUAAACAAUUCAUGAAUGGCAUGGAGAAUAACUUUGAUAUGCCCGUCGAAGAGAGCUUGAAUGCCCUUGUUGCCAAGGGAAACAUCCAAGAUGAGGACCCAGACCAAGUCCUCAUACCGCCAGGUGUCAGAAAUAACAUGGUUAUGAACAACAAAAUCCAGGACUUCCCACAGCAGGACUACAUGGGUUACUAUGAUGAUUAUGAUGACAAUGAAAUUCCAAGAGCACCCAAGAAGGUUGAGAGAACGUUUCAGUAUAUUCAGAGUAAUAUACCAGGCAGAGACAGGCGUGAUGAUGAAGUUCAACGCAAAACAGACAAUCAAGCUGAGUUUGAUUUUGAGCUUGUUACAGAUGAUAACCACAAAGCCAGACAAACAACUCAAAGACCUGCUUUUGUCAGACAAACUUUCAUCCACAGCAAAACUAUCCACUAUUUUCCAAUUGAACGAAUUCGCAAACAAGACUCGAAAAUCCCGAAGGAAUUUUUCAACAUAAAAACAAUAAUAAAUCCCCAUACCUACAGGUACAUCAUAAAUCCUAAAGACACAUGUAAACGAAUAAAUGGUUCAAACAUAUUUGUCAUAGUGCCCAUCAUAAGUUCAUUAGAUAACUUCAAGUUACGAGAAACCAUCAGAAAAACAUGGGGACAAUUUUCAGCAGUUUACGGAUACCAAGUCCGUUUUGUUUUCAUGCUCGGCACUUCCAAAUUGACCUACCUUCAGGACUUAGUAAAAAAGGAGAGUGACAUUUUUGGGGACAUUGUGCAAGAGUCGUUUAUAGAUACGUAUGUCAAUUCGACUCUGAAAGCUAUUUUCACAUUACGCUGGGUACAAACAUACUGCGCAAAUGCUAAAUUUAUGCUGAGGCUGAAUGAUGAUGUCAUGGUGCACCAAUACAAAUUCAUACAGUAUUUACGAGAUCGGGGCUUGCCUGACACCAAGUUGUACUGGGGGCAGGUUUUUCAUGACUCGCGCGUGGAUAAGGGGUUAGCAAAACAUGAGUAUCGUUCCAAUAUUCCGUGGCGAGAAGGAAGUUACUAUCCACCAUAUUGUAAUGGACCGUACAUUCUUAUGACAAUGGACGUUGUAAAGAACAUGUAUAAAAUGUCCUCACGCACCCCGCUGAUGUUUCCUGAAGAUGUCUAUUAUGGCAUCUUAGCGGAAAAACUUGGCAUCAGGACGUAUGAUGCCUCCAUGCACCUUGUGGACCAAUUUGAAGUGCAGAAUCCCGUCCAGAAAUUCAGAAUAGAUAGAGAUAACACGAGACCAGAGAUGAUGGGUCACCUUGGUUCUGAUGACCAGACACCGAUGAGAAUGGAAUAUCUUUGGAAGAUGGUCGAGAGAAGGACGAAUGACAAGAAGGACUGCGUGAAAAGAAAGUUUACAAAACAUUUCAUAGGUUAGUACCUUGCGAAAAGUGCUAACUUAUGGAAUGUUUUGUAAAUAUUAUUUUCAACUAUUUCGACGGGAAGUUUUUCGAUGGAAGAUUCUUCACACAUAUGUAUAUCAAACUAUGAAGACCCUGACUGGGUCAAGAGUGAAUGCAAAAAAUAUGAUUUCCAUUUUGGGAAAAUUUUGAUAUAGAAUAGCACACUUUUCUACAUAUCUAUCUAUCUUUAUGACAAGAAGUAAACAUUUAUAAACAUGUAGUCAAGUCA